CGAAAGUGGGCGGGCGCUUUGUUGUUGUGGUUGACAGUUCACUUCCUGCUUCAAAACGUGAACUCAAUCAACUGCUGCAGCCAGUAAAGUAGGAAGCGAGAAGAAACCGAAGAUCUGGCAGCAAAGUAGGUGUCCUGCUGGAUGAAGCUUCCAAGCAACACCGAGAAAGGGGUGAAGUUUAUAAAUUUCUCAACCACCAAAAGAUUAGAAAGCAGCAGUAAACAAUUGGUUAAAUUUCUACCCUGGACUAAACAUGGUGCAUGUCUACAACUGCCAUCCUUUCUCCUCACAGCAGAUAGUACAGGUGGAGCAGGAGCCUGGACUGGUCUGCUGUGGAGGUGGAGCGCUGUUCGUGGUGGCUACUGGAGGAUGCAAGGUGGAGGCCUACAGUGUGGAGAAGGAGGGCUGCCCUCUCAUCUGUCGCUUUGCCACCAUGGGCACUGUGAAGAGCAUCCAUCACAGCAAGAUAGGAGAUUACCUGGUGACCACUGAGGAAAAGAACAGCGCCACCUACCUGAGAGCCUACACCAACUGGCGCUACCAGGCGGAGGAGAAGGCCCGUGUCGGGGUGCGUUUGUUGGGCCACCUGCUGCGUGGGGCGUCUAUGCGGGGCGGAGUGCAGAUGGAGAUCAUUGAGAUCCCUCUGUCAGAGCGUCCUGUUUCUGUGGCAUGUUGCUCAGUAACAGGAGACCUUCUGGUCGGCUGCGAGAACACUCUGGUUCUGUUUACUUUGAGGAGACAGAACCAGCAGAGCCUGCAGAAUAAGAAUCAGCAGAUCCUUCAGAGCACCUGGCCGAACACUCAGCAGAGCUCCAGUCAGAGUCAAGGUCAGACUUCAAGUUCAAACCAAAAUCUUUCCAUCCUGGAUUUUGAGCGUUCAGUUAUCCUGCAUCUUCAAAACAUCAAGCCUAAACAGGUGGCGCUGUGUGGAGGAUAUGUGGCAGUGCGGGCAGACCUGGAGGUGCUAGUACUGAAACUGGAUGCAUCCUCUGAACCUAAAACCCUGGAAGAAUCAUCGGACACAAAUAAAGCAGAUCAACUAGAAGACCAGGCUGACUUUCUGGUCCUUCCGAGACACCAGGAGUUGCUCGGUGAUCGAGCUAAAGACUGUGACAUCCCUGUCAGCAUUGAAAAGACCGGGCUGGAGGAUAGAGAACAAUACACACUGUCAUAUGUUCUCUUCAGGCGUUUUACUCCAGACUUCUCACAGGGCUGCAGUGUGGAGGAGACUCAACUCCACUCCCUACAGCUCUACCCGCUGUUCACCAGUAACCAGUCAGUGUCUCUGGAGGAACCAGCAUGUGUGUUCUGCUUCUUCUCUCUUCCCACCGCCGGCUACCUGUACAGUCUGAAGGGUGGUGUUGAGCUUCUCUCAGCCUAUCAGUAUCCAGAGAAGGUUUUGGAGGCGGUGCUAACAGACCACCUGUUGCACGUCAUCACAAAGAGUGCACUGCAGUCUUUCACAGUGCGCUGUGCAGCAGUAGCAGCCAGGAUUGAGGACCCCUACAUCGAUACCACCAUGAAGGCCUGUCCACCCUGCAGCCUGGAGGUGUGUGCGCUCAGGAUGCAGCUGUUUAUUGGUCUACGGUCAAUGUGCGUCUAUGGCCGCCAUGUUAUCUUGCUUUCCACCGCCGACACCGAGACAACAGAGGAGACCGAACGCAACGCACACCGCAGAGGCCUCGAGUUGAAAGAACACACCUUGCUGACUGGUAUUUUCCUGGCGGUGGGAAUCGAUCCCGCAACCACGCCGGCUCUGGAGAGCCUUCUGUCACGCCCCUUCCUGAGCAGGAAGUGGACAAUCUCUUCUCCCAGAGAAACCAGUACAGCAGGACACGGAUGGAACCUCUAUGUGGUCGGCACCGUCUCCCCCCUCACUCUUUACCAAGAGAUGGUUGAAUACAGCCAACGGUAUGCAGAGACCAACCCGCAAGGCCAAAGCCUUCGUCACCUCCUCAGUGAAGCACACCUCCUCCUCCGCGCCUCCUUACUCCAAACAUCAGAGCAGCAACAGAACAUCGAGGGCGACCCUGCGGUGUCUCUGCAGACAGAUACAGGCGGACCAGCUAAGAAACAGACAGCUGCACAGACAGACAGUCAAGAACUAGAGGCGGCACUCAGGCAGAACUGUGCACAGCUGGGAGACUGUUUCAGCAGGGGCAGUCAGAAGGACUGCCACCUGGCUUUGCCGUACUACAGGAUGUCUGGUCUGUCAGUCACAGAGGUCAUAGCCAGGAACCGCCCACUUCCCAGCAGCCCUCACUCAUACGGCCCCGGCUUCCUUUUUUACCUGACGCAUUACCUGUUAGAAGAAACAGAGCAGUGCCUCAGUCAGGAAGCAGCUGAUGAGGUCGUAGACAUUUUCAGCCAAUCAGAGCCCUCGCAGCUCGUCAGUGUGUGUGCCAGCCCGCCCAUGAUAAACAUCAGUCCUGCCCGGACACUGCAAAUCUUACAACAUCUGGAGGACACAGCUGGCGUGUCGGUUCCACUGACAAUCACGAUGGCAACCAUGAUGCUGCUUUUGAAAGACCUGCCACACUACACACAGCUAAUGGAAAGACAUGCUGAGAUGCUGCUGGUGUAUGGGUUCAUCGAGGAGCCGAAGCUGUUGCUGCAUGGUGGAGGUGGAGGCCAACACACACACAUCCGUCCCACAGCGUUGACUCGCCAGAUGGCAAAUUCCCAACCAGGUCUGCUGGUGGCUUCCAUGGUGGCUUUACAUGAAAACAACAAAGUUCAGCUGGAACAGGCUGAUCACAUAUUCAAGGAGCUGGGCUGUGAGAAUUGCUUACUGGUGGAUUUCUGGGAGGCGAUGCUCAUGGCCUCCUCACAGGAAGCAGUCAUCCAGGAACUUCUGUUCCGACUGGCGUCUGUCUACAUCGACCGACUGACAAACACAAACUCUGAUACACACCCCAACCCUCCACACACACCUUCAAGACGCAGGUCACUGAAGAGCACUGACGAUCUGAUCAACUCGUGCUCCCAUUAUGGUGGUCUGUACCCAUGGCUCACUGUUCUCAAUCCAGCUCACACUACCAGCUCCCAACACCAGGAAGUGCUACACAAACUGCAGUCUCUCCUGUGUGGUCCGUCCCUGUCUGUGGGCUCCAUCAUGCCUCUGAUGGAGCGUCUGUCAGAGGAAACCUUAUGGGGCUUCAGCCUGCACCUCCUCUGUGACACCAGAAGGGGGCAGUACAACAGCAGCAUUGAAAAGCUGCUUGACCGAUGUCCUCAGGCCAUCAUAGCCUACGCCAAUCACCAGUUACAAGACAAAAAUAUGGUGUUAUGGUGGCAGAAGCUGCUCCCAGAGCUUUGUAACAGGACGAGAGCUGCAUCAGACAACAGCAUACUAUUGGCUGCUCUCAAAGAGACGCUGGUUGUGGUUGCCAUGGAGACGACCCCCACAGAGUUCCUGGAGCUGAUACCUGACGACGGCACCGCUUCGUACUUCCUGCCUCACCUGUUGACAUGUAGCCAGAGACACCUGCUGACCUGACACACACACACACACACACACACACACACACACACACACACAGUAUAUACUUGAAUAGACAAAGACAAUAUGCUUUUUCCCCCCCUGGAUUUUUAGUUUGUUGUUUGUACAUGCAUGUUGCUUGGCAUUUCUGAGUUUUGUUUGCCAUUCAUAAUGUAAUUGUACAAUGUAACAUCUUAAAACAUGUUUGUUUAUAUCUGGAGACACAUUUCUAAAUGUGGUCCAUGAUGUAUGUGGUGAUAAACACUUUAAUAUUUAGCUACUUUGAGAAUUUAUUUGUAUUUAUUACAGUUUGUAGUUCUAAAACCAGGAAGUCAGUUUAAAGCAUUUUAGAGCUGUGGGGACUGAUUCAACGUAUGCAAAGAUCUGUAGUUUAAAAAAAUAAAAGAGAAAAGAAGAAAACCCUU